AGUCCACGUGACUGACAGGGGUUCACCAUGUGCUUGUGCUGAGGUGCAGUGUGACAAGUGAUUACAAGACUUCAGCGGAGCCACGGCACUUAUCUUUCAUUUUAUUGCGUAUUCAAAAGUUCCUGCUCAACUUACUUUGAAGGGCAUAUUUUUCUUCAUUGAAGGAGAGGCGCAGAGCUAACUCUAAUACAGAUAAAUACUCGAUUUCCACUAGGCAUAUCGCACUGUUUCUGGGCACCUGUUGAGUGUUGCUGUGUCCACUUGAAGCACGAGGCAGGGGCAUCGAAUUUGUUUAAUAUCAUGGAAGACUGGGACGACGACUCCGGUUCAACUCCACAAACAUCCUCAACGUUUGGGUCAUCAGGGGGAGGAGGUUUUGGUAGCAAUUCUGGUGGUGGAUUUGGAGCUGGCCGUGGCUUUGGAGGUGGUUUUGGCAGUAGUAAUGGCUUUAAGAGUGAUGACAAUAACAACGAAGGGUUUGGUAAAAAAGGAGGAUUUGGAAGUGGAAGUGGAUUUGGAGGCGGUAGUGGCUUUGGCAGAGGUGGGGGCAGAGGAGGCUCAAGCAAGGUUAUAGGAUUCCCAUUUCAUAAAGCAAAGCGUGGUGGUGGGAAUGCCUGUCAUAAGUGUGGAGAAGAAGGGCACUUUUCAAGAGAAUGUCCUAACAAAGGUGGAGGUGGUGGGGCCUGUCAUAAGUGUGGAGAAGAGGGUCAUUUUGCCAGGGAAUGUCCCAGUGGUGGAGGCGGUAGAGGAGGAGGAGGAGGUGCUUGCCACAAGUGUGGAGAACAGGGUCACUUUGCCAGAGAAUGCCCCAAUGGAGACAGCACCAGCAGUGGAGGUGGAUUUGGACGUGGUGGGGGUUUUGGCAGAGGUGGUGGAUUUGGUUCAAGAAGUGGAGGAUUUGGCUCAAGCAACGGAGGAGGAUUUGGCUCAAGCAGUGAAGGCGGGGGAUUUGGCUCCAGCAGCAGUGGUGGUGGGGGAUUUGGCUCCAGCAGUGGGGGUGGGGGAUUUGGCUCCAGCAGUGGAGGCGGAGGAUUUGGCUCAAGCAGUGGAGGCGGGGGGUUUGGUUCAAGGAGUGGUGGAGGAUUUGGAAGAAAGGAUGAUGACAAUGACUCCUCCAGUGGCAGAGGGUUUGGACGAGGCAGAGGAUUUGGAUCAAGCAGUGGAGAUGAUGGUGAUCCACCAAGGGGUGGUGGAUUUGGAGGAGGAAGGGGACGUGGAAGAGGAGAUUCUGGUGGUUCUGGAGAAGGUGGAGGAGGCUGCUUUAAGUGUGGAGAAUCGGGUCACUUUGCGAGAGAAUGCCCUAAUGCUGAAAAGGCAGGAGGCAGUGGAGGAGGAGAGCGCCCAGCACCUUACAUACCUCCCCCACCUCCGGAAGAUGAAGCAGAGAUAUUCCGCCACAUUGCAAGAGGUAUCAACUUUGAUAAAUAUGAUAAAAUCCCAGUAGAGGUAUCUGGCCGGGAUGCUCCUCAAUUUAUCUCAAGCUUUGAGGAAGCAGAGCUUUCAGAAACAUUUAUGAAUAACAUUAGAAAGUUGCAGUAUGAGAAACCUACACCUAUACAGAAGUAUGCCAUUCCUAUCAUCAAAGCAGGCAGGGACGUCAUGGGAUGUGCCCAAACUGGCUCAGGGAAAACUGCAGCUUUUCUUCUCCCAGUCUUGUCUGGAAUGUUAGCCCAUGGAAUCACUGGGAGUGAAUUCUCAGAAAUCCAGGAACCCCAAGCCCUAGUCAUUGCACCAACCCGUGAGCUUGCCAUUCAGAUUGGUGAAGACGCACGCAUGUUUUCUCGUGGCACAAUGAUCCGUUCUGUGACAAUCUAUGGAGGAACCUCAGUGGGACACCAGAUAAGAGAUGUGGAAAAAGGGACACACAUUCUUGUCGCCACGCCAGGGAGAUUGUCUGAUUUUGUAACAAGAGGAAAGGUCAGUCUGAGAGGAAUAAGAUAUCUCAUUCUCGAUGAAGCAGACAGAAUGUUAGACAUGGGCUUUGAGCCAGAAAUCCGCAAGCUGGUCCAGACCAUGGGUAUGACGGAUAAGACAGAACGGCAGACGUUGAUGUUCAGUGCCACUUUCCCAGAGGAGAUCCAGAAACUCGCUGCUGAUUUUCUGAAUGACUACAUCUUCCUGACUGUGGGCAGAGUGGGAGGGGCCAGCUCUGAUGUGGAACAGCAUGUCAAGGAGGUGACACAGUAUGACAAGAGGGAAAGGUUAUGUGAGAUCUUGAAUGAAUCUGGAACUGACAGGGUUCUGGUAUUUGUUGAACAGAAAAGGAAUGCAGACUUUCUUGCAUCUUACCUGUCUCAGACUGGCUAUCCCACCACCAGUAUUCAUGGUGAUCGCCUGCAGAGAGAGCGUGAGGAAGCUCUCCGUGACUUCACAAGUGGCCGUGCACCAGUAUUGAUAGCCACAUCAGUUGCUGCUAGAGGCCUAGACAUUCCUGACGUGAAACAUGUCGUAAACUACGACCUUCCAUCCAGCAUUGAUGAGUAUGUCCACCGCAUAGGAAGAACAGGGAGGUGUGGAAACAUUGGGAAGGCAACCAGCUUUUUCGAUUCCGGCAACAAUUCUGACAUUGCUAGAGGUCUAGUCAAGGUGCUGCAAGAUGCUCAACAGGAAGUCCCAGACUGGUUAGAGAACCAGGCCCAGAGUAGCUUUGGCAGUGGAGGUUUCUUUGGUGUGGGUGGCAAGUUUGGGGGAAAGGAUGCAAGAAAGGGAGGAGCUAGGAAUGGCGGUGGUGAUGACUUUGAUGCAGGAGAUAUGGGUGGAGGUGGUGGAUUCUCUGCCCCUGUUGAAGCAGAUGAAGAAAGUUGGGAUUAGACACAGCAUAGCCCUGCAGAAAAAAACUUCAUCAAUAGACAAUCAUUUUUGUAUUAACAAUUUAUAGUUUAGAUAGUUAUCUUUCUGUUCCAUGAUAUUUCUAUAUUGGAGCGUCUGCAAAGUGCUUAUCCAAGGAUUAGGAUAAUUACUCUUUUCCUUUUGGGAGAUCUGUGUUGAACUUCUAUCUUCCCUUUGAAGCCUGUACCAAACGAGAGAUUGUGCAGCAGUUCAUUUAUGAACUGGGUUUCUUUAUUCUUUUGUAAUGUUUCUCUUUAAAUCUAUUGAUGUUGGUUGUUGCUACUGCUGCAGUUGAGCUCUUCUUAAAGCAUGUAGGAUCUGUGCCAUAUUGUCUGGAAUUGCAUUUUGUUAAGCUGACAGUGAGUUGCCUUUACCAUGCAGGUAAAAACAAAUUUUGAAGGGAAUUUUAUGAAAGCAUUGGAAGUUUAUGGCACACAUUUGCCCAUGUUUUGAAAAGGAUAUUGCUCAGUAUGUAAUUGGUGUGAAAGAUGAAAGCAUUUUUGUGUGGCAUAUCAAAGUUGACUUUUUACAUAAAUACAUUCCAAAUAAAAUCUUGAUAAAAUAACCCUUUACCAUGAUUUGCUCUCCAAAAUUUUCUUCAGCAAAUUUCAGUCAGUUUGUUAUCCAGGAUGAUUUUUUUCCUUGCAUAAUAGAACUGAGAACUGUUGGAAAUCUGGUCAUAGUGCUCAAUUUAAAAACCCAGAAAGCUUGCUCUCAGGUAUAUGUUGUUCAAAAUGUUAUUUGGUUGUACCAUGUUUAUGGCCAAGUUUUUCUGUUGGUGAAUGGUGCCAAAAUUUUUUUCACCAGAAAAUUUGUGCCAUACCGAUUAGCUGUAACUUAAGUAAACUUGAAAGUUCCUCCUAGACAAAAUCAUUGGAACUUUUUAUCUUCCAUCUCUUUAGAUAUUUUUGUAUUCCAUUUAUAUUUUAUGUAACCAGUGUAUAUUCAAAGCCAUUGUAGAUUUAGAGGAAACAUUUUAUGCCAAAUAUCAAGUGAAUAGAGAAGCAGUUUAGUCAAGUGCUAGAACGAUUACACAGCCCUUUCCUCAAGAGGUGAUCAAAUGAACUGGAAAUUGAAUGUUGAACACCAACACAUGCUGUCAGUGUUUUCAGUGAAGCUGCAUCUGUAAUGCAACGAGACAGGAUAUGCUUGUGUAUGUCAUGAUAUACAGGGAUGAGAUUUUUUCGACUGAUUGUGGAUAUUCAACUUUCUGGGAGCCAAAAAUAUAAUUGACCUAGGUGGCCCUUUUGACUUUAUGUCAUGUUUUCCAACUUUUUUUCACUAAAUGGUAGUUUCAUCCCUGGAUAUAUUUGGCUAAAGGUGCACAGGACUGAAAACCCACUCCUAGACCCCCUUCCCAGAGAUUAGAUCGAUCCAACUUGAUCAACCUUACUCCCUGGGGGUUCACGCUAAACAGCUGUCAGCCGAGC